AUGUCCUCGGACAAAUUAGGCACCCAAUUCAGUGGCCCAUCACCUUACGACCAUCAAGUGCCUGCUUGUGAGCCACUGGGAUCGUCCAUGCACAAGCCUCGGGCAAGCGGUGCCGCACAGUCAGAGAAACAGGGAUUGGAUUUAACUGAGGAUGAGGAUGAUAAUGAUGUAAUCGAGGAUGGCUAUGAUUCCUACGAUGAGAUUUUCAUGCAGUAUCUCACAUCAAGAAAACCCAUGGACAGGGUGGAAUCAAAAGCAAUAUCCGGUGGUGCAUAUCGAUCUUGUCGACCGUCUACUAAAAGUAAUUCUGGUCGCUCGCGAGGAUUGACAAGCAAUCCCAGGCGAUUUAUGAUGCCGCCUACCCUGAACAGUGAAAGCCAUGGCUCGUACGUUUUAACAUCCUUUCCCGACAGGACCAUGAAGAGGUUACCAUGGGCACAACGAUACCCUCCAUCAAAUUUGAAUGAGUUAGCGGUCCACAAGAGGAAGGUCACCGAAGUACAGACUUGGUUGUCGAACGCAUUUACGAUGAAUGCAAAAAAAUUGCUCGUCCUGAGAGGUCCUGCAGGGAGCGGUAAAACAACUACGAUAUCCUUGUUAUCCGAUUUCUUAGAUUUUGAUCUCCUUGAAUGGAAAAAUCCCCCAGCGACGGGCUUUUCCACAGAAGGAUAUACAUCCAUUGCAGCACAGUUCGAUGAAUUUUUAUCAAGGAGCAACAGGCUAUCUGGGCUCGAGUUAAGCGCAAACAAUCUGAAGGUGGAUGAGACAAAAAGAACAAUUCAUCAUCCCAGGAAACGGAUCGUUCUCAUCGAGGAAUUUCCGGCUGUGAUUCGUCUCGGCUCACCCAGUCUUUCGGCAUUCCGGCUGUCUCUUCAGCGUUAUCUUGCAGUAUCAUCCGCGCCUAACAGUAUUCCGAGGUCUCCGAUCGUCAUUAUUGUCUCCGACACAUCUGUGGAUUCCGCGUCUUCCUAUAUGGACAACUUAACAGCUCACAGAUUGCUUGGGGUUGAUAUUCUAAAUCAUCUAAGCACGACCGUAAUCGACUUCAAUAGCAUCGCGCCUACUAUCAUGUACAAAGCUCUGGAGUUGGUCGUGGAGAAGAAUGCCCGGUCAUCCAAGUCGGCGAGGAGACCUGGACGAAACAUACUCAAGAAUAUAUCUGAGGCAGGAGACAUCCGAAGUGCCAUCUCUUCAUUAGAAUUUAUUUUCGUGAAAAAUGAGGCAUUUGAGAACUAUGCACGACACUUCUCUGCCAAAGCCAAACGACCAGCCGGACGCAAUACAUCCAUCACACCUGGUGAAGAAGAGGUGCUGAAGUCGAUCUCCCAGAGAGAGGCCAGCCUAGGCUUAUUCCAUGCCGUCGGGAAAAUUAUCUAUAAUAAGCGAGAAGCCGUGGAUUCCCCGGCCAGUAAUUCCUGGUCACCCCAACUUCCAAACCAUCUAAGUCAUCACGUCCGGCCCGGGAUCUCGCUUGUCUCUGUCAAUGAAUUAUUAAAUGAAGUAGGUGCCGAUUCGCAGACAUUCAUCAGUGCUCUUCAUGAGAAUUAUGUGCCAUCAUGUGAUGGACCUGCGUUUUUGGACUGCUUGAACGGAUGCACAGCUGCGUUAUCGGACAGUGACUUGUUAUGUGUCCAUAAAAAAGGAUUUGGGGCAGACCUUCCACACUCAAUGAAUAAGGCCACUGUCGGACUGGACUUUUUGCGACAGGAUGAGUUUAGCUAUCAGAUCACUGCACGCGGUCUAUUGUUCUCCCUUCCAUCGCCUGUGAAAAGGCGAGCCAUAUCCACAAGUCAGGAAGGAGCAGCUUUUGGUGGGCACAAAAUUUUCUUCCCUUCUGAAUUUCGGCUAUUGAAGGAGAGAGCCGAGGUUGAUGAUCUUCUAAGGCUGUGGAUAUCAAGAUCAAUAUUCUUGCACAACACACUCAACGAACAAAGCACUAAGCCCAGGACAGACCACUCCAUGGGUCGGUUGACCAAUUCUGAUGCGGAAUCAUUAAUUAUAACUAUGCCAGAUCGACGCGAUUUUCUACUCUAUCAAUUGCCAUAUAUGGCUCGUAUUAACUAUCAUGGAACGGUUUCAUGUGGACUCAAAAAGCUCACAUGCUUUCUGGGACAAAAUGGUCAAACUUGCGCAGGUAAUGAUACUUCUGGCCUCGGUUCAGAGGCAUUUGGUCGGUUUUCUGCUUUUUCGGAGUCGAAAAAGAAUGCCGAAGGCACAUUUCAGGGAAAAUAUCCCCGGAUCUGGUUUCCAUCCUCACACCCAAUUGUGGAAGAAAAAUUUACUUUGAGUGACGAUGAAAUCGAGGAAUGCUGA